CUGUCCGCGGUGUGCUAACAGCUAGGCUAGCUUAUCAACAACAGUAGAAAGAGCCUUAUGGCCGGAAGCGGUGACGCUGCCCGUGGCUGCCGGUGUUAUUCUCCUCGUCUCAAUCGCAUUUCUUGUGCGCCUGUUCAUUUGUGGAUCAAUGAGCUAAUUACUGUCCUUAAAGACAAAGCGGCCGUUUACACAGACACUCAAGUUAUUCUUAGGUGGCGACUAUCUUGUUAGCUUCCUAUGAGGUCAGGGGCCGGCUGGAGUCAGAAGGUGGUUCCUCAGCAGCAGCAGGAGUGAUGCGGGCUUCAGUAGCAGGCUGCAGGAUGAGCGUCGGUGCGCUUCUUAAUGGGCUGCUUGUGUCUGUGGUCGCAGCUUUGCUGUGGAAGUAUUCAAAGCUGAGUGAGCACACUGCCCUGCUAGAGGAAGAACUACACAUGACACGGCAGUCCCAAGAGCUCUCACAGGCUCAUAUUGACUACCAUGUUGCCCUCCAGGCUCUUCAAGAACACGGCACCCGCAUGGUCUGCACAGGCAAGAUGCACACGGACCGUAUCUGUCGCUUUGACUACCUUUGCUACUGCUCAGAGGCAGAGGAUUUUGUGUUUUUUCACUCCAACUCGUCAGUUAUGCUGCCUAGCCUGGGCUCCAGGCGAUUUCAACCUGCCCUGCUGGAUUUUUCCUCAGUAGAGGAUCACAAUACCCAGUAUUUUAACUUUUUAGAGCUUCCAGCUGCAGCUUUAAAGUUCAUGCCCAAGCCUGUAUUUGUACCAGAUGUGACACUAAUCCUUAAUCGGUUUAACCCAGAUAACCUAAUGCAUGUAUUUCAUGACGACCUACUCCCAGUCUUUUAUACCAUGAAACAGUAUUUGGACUUGGAUGAUGAAGCCCGGCUGGUAUUCAUGGAGGGCUGGGCUGAAGGACCACACUUUGACCUCUAUCGCCUUCUCAGCAACAAACAGCCUCUUCUCAAAGAACAGCUUAGAAACUUUGGCAAGCUGAUGUGUUUCACUAAGUCUUAUAUCGGUUUGUCCAAAAUGACAACAUGGUAUCAGUAUGGCUUUGUCCAGCCACAGGGGCCUAAAGCCAACAUUUUGGUCUCAGGAAAUGAGAUCAGGCACUUUGCCAGGGCUCUGAUGGAGAAAAUGAACAUCUCUAGAUUGGAGGACCCAGAGAAGGAUGGAGGAAGUAUUGAAGAUGGGAAGGGGAAGGACAAGAAAGAUGAAUACAUUGUAGUGUUUAGUCGAUCAACAACAAGGCUUAUUUUAAAUGAAGCUGAGCUUAUCUUGGCACUGGCUCAGGAGUUCCAAAUGAAAGUCGUCACAGUAUCUAUGGAGGAACAAUCUUUUCCUAGCAUUGUUGAGGUGAUCAGUGGUGCUUCUAUGUUAGUCAGCAUGCACGGAGCUCAACUCAUCGCUUCGCUUUUCCUUCCCAGAGGAGCUGCUGUUGUCGAGCUGUUUCCAUUUGCUGUGAAUCCAGAGCAGUACACCCCAUAUAAAACUCUUGCAUCCCUUCCAGGCAUGGAUCUUCAUUAUAUCUCUUGGCAAAACAGUAAGGAGGACAACACUAUUAUUCACCCAGACAGGCCAUGGGAGCAAGGUGGCAUUGCUCACUUAGAGAAGGAGGAACAAGAAAAAAUCCUGGCCAGUAAAAAUGUUCCCAGGCACCUAUGCUGCCGCAACCCAGAGUGGCUUUUCAGGAUCUACCAGGACACUUUAGUAGACAUCCCUUCCUUUUUGGAAGUUCUCAAAGUGGGCAUGAAAACUAAGCCUAGCUUAAAGAAAGCAAGACCUUCUACAACUGUCCACCCAGGCCGGGUCAGAGAACCUCAGUGUCAGACAUCAGUACUAACUCCUAAUGAGGCUAAACUCACAGUCUCCUGGCAGAUCCCCUGGAAUCUAAAAUACCUAAAGGUAAGAGAAGUGAAAUAUGAGGUUUGGAUCCAGGAGCAAGGAGAAAACACCUACAUGCCAUAUAUUCUUCCUCACCAGAACUAUACCUUUUCAGAGAACAUUAAACCGUUCACUACUUACCUGGUGUGGGUCAGGUGUAUCUUCAACAAAAACCUUCUAGGUCCAUUUGCAGAUGUUCUUAUAUGUAGGACCUAGCACAAACAUGCUGUGCUGUGUAUAUUAAAAUAAAUUGAGCUUGUUUUAGUAUAUUGAUUUGGAAUGGUCAGCUAAUUACAGUUUGACCAUUCUAUACUGGAAAUAUCCCAGUUUGUUUUACAGUCCUAGAACUAUUGAACUCGGAACAGAACAAUUGAGUUAAUGGCUAGAAAAAAUGGUAUACUAUAUUCUCUGCACCUGUGGAGGGACAGAAGCCUGUGUUCCAAAUAAUAAUAGUCAAAUCACAGGGUUUCCUUUCAUAAUCUGCAUUAGGGUUAACUGAUGAAUCAUAGCGAUGUUAAUAUCCACUAUGAACACAUCGCAGAAGACUAUAACAUCCUAGAAGUAGGGAAAUACAUUUUUGCAUGUGAUGCUAUCUCCAUCACCAAAUUUCAGUCGGGUCAAGCCUCUUACACUGAGCAGCUUGGAAGUUAGCAUUAGCUAGCGAUGUAGCAAAGAUUAAGCCAUAACUGUACAUCCGCCAGUCUACUCACCUCAAACAGCCGCCAGUCCCCAGGGUCGAGCUGUGGUUGUACUCUCCCACGGUCAUUGGACCGUCAGGCCUCUGGGUGACACCUGCACAUGGGAGACGCGCUCGUUUUCACUCUAAAUACUAAUAAUACAUUCUUAUGUUGAAUGAACUAUAAAGCUUGCGUGUUCGUAUUGUUAAGAGUUGUAAAGGAAUACAUAUCACAUAGUUUGAGUAAUUUAUGAUGAAACAUAAUUAUUACAUGUGUAGUAAUGAUGUGAUAGAAAGAUUAAAGGUGGUCUGAAGUAAAGUACUUCAGAAAAUCCUAACUGUGAAUUUAUAUCCUCCAUUGCCUACAAGUUAGAUUGUUCACCUUCGUACAUAGACAUAUGAGGCUUGUUGCCAGAUUGUAUUUGACCUUUUGAACCAAUAAAAAAAAUAAAAGGCGUUAGUAAGAUGUAAGUACAGUGUAGAAACACGUUCCCUAUGAAAGCACAGGCCAUCAUUACAAUUCCACCUACAUGGGUAACAUUUUUAGAAUCAUGGUAUUUGCUUUGAGCAUUUUAUCCAUGAUCAAAUCACCUUCCAGCUUUUCAGUCUUCUGCUGUUUUUUUAAAGAUCUCUGAUGAACUUGUUUUUUCAGUGUAUAAUUAAUUUUGAGCCAUUGUCAUCUGUGCAACAAACGCUUUAGACGUUUAUAUUCUUGAAUAGUUUGUUGAAUAUGUGUGUGUGCACCUGAAGACAUCAUGUAUGUGCUGAGUGAAGUGGGAGUAUACUCAAAUUUGGUUUCAUUGAAUGUGAUUAAAUAAAGGAGCUUAAUUCUUGUG